AUGGACAAUGGCGACCAAGGCAAAGCCAUGCUCAAAGGCGAAUACAACUCAAUGUGUGCCCUCUACAAAGCCGCACCCACCUUCGUCCCUGAGCCCCACGCAUACGGCCAACUCAACGUAUCAAACCCCGCCUCCUACUUCUUCCUCUGCUCCUUCCUAGACAUGAAGGUAGGUACCAGCCAACCCCCCGACCCAGAACAACUAUGCAGAAAACUCAUAACACUCCACCUCACCAGCGAGUCACCGACUGGCCAAUUCGGGUUCCACAUGAACACCUGUCAAGGCAACCUGCCCCAGCAAACAGCCUGGAAAGACAGUUGGAAAGACAGUUGGAAAGACUUCUUCAUCCAGCUGCUUAACGGCGCUAUGGAACUCAACCGCGAUAUCAAUGGGCCGUGGAAAGAUCUACAGGAAUGUACUGAUCGCCUGAUCUCGCACGUCGUACCAGCCCUCCUAGAUCCCCUCACAGAGGACGGCCGCGUUAUCAAGCCUUCGUUGAUACACGGCGACCUCUGGGAUGGCAAUAUCGGUACUGACACCGCGACGGGAGAAAUCUACGCCUUUGACGCCUGCGCAUAUUACGCGCACCACGAGAUGGAGAUUGCCAUAUGGCGCGGAGAUCCCAGUAACGUUUUGGGUCGGGAAGAAUACACAAAUACCUAUGUACAGCUCAUGGGGAAGAGUGAGCCGGUGAAGGACUUUGAGGAUAGAGGCAGGCUUUACUGUGCUUAUAUGAACUUGCAUGCGAGUGCUUGUCAUGGGGGAGGCAGAUUCAGGGAGAAGUAA